UCUAAUAAGAUUUUUACUGAGAUACAACUAUGCUACCAGUUACAUGGAGUAAAAGGUUUUGACAAUUCAAAGUCAAUGUAGAUAAGAAAAAUCAGUCUAUUUGAUUUUCAUUGGUUUAUAGAGUUUAUGCAUAAUGACAUCGACAAAGUUAGUUGUUGGUGCUAUAGACUUUGGGACAACAUAUUCAGGAUAUGCAUUCUCCUUUGCACAUGACUAUGAAAAAGACCCAAUGAAAAUACAAGCAAACCAUUGGAUUGGUGGAGGACACAUGUCACUUAAGGCCCCGACAACAAUUCUCUUUACACCUGAAAAAGGUUUUCAUUCAUUUGGAUACCAAGCAGAAGAUAAAUACGCUGAUCUUGCUGAAGAAGACAUUCAUAAAGAUUGGUAUUACUUUAGGAGGUUUAAAAUGAUUCUACAUCAGAAAAAAACCUUGUCCAGAAAGACAUUGUUGUAUGACGAAAACAAGAAGGCAUUGUCAGCUCUACAUGUGUUCUCGUCUGCGAUAAAAUUUCUGAAAGACCAUCUCUGCAAUGAAAUUUCUAAGAAAAUGACAGAAUUUGAAGAGCAGGAUAUAUUUUGGGUGUUAACUGUACCUGCAAUAUGGACAGAUGCAGCCAAAAAGUUUAUGAGGGAGGCUGCAUUGGAGGCUGGUAUACAGUCAGAUUGUUUGUCCUUAGCACUUGAACCUGAAGCUGCCUCCAUGUUUUGCAAGCUCCUUCCAGUUGACUGCCUGAAACAUAACAAUUCGACAUCUACUGAGGCUUUUAAACCAGGAACAAGUUACAUUGUCCUUGACCUUGGCGGUGGCACUGUUGAUGUGACUGUUCAUCACCUAGAGUAUGAUGGAAAGCUAAGUGAGAUCGCUCGUGCAAGUGGCGGUGCGUGGGGUGGUACUCAAGUUGAUGAAGCAUAUUUAAGAUUUCUCCAAAAUGUGUUUGGCAAUGAAGUCUUUCAAGCAUUCAGAGAAAACAACACAGCCGAUUUCCUUGAAAUGCUGAGAGAAUUUGAAAUUAAAAAGAGAACUAUAAAUAAAAAGAAAGAAGGCAACAUAGUUAUCAGGUUUGCAGCUUCCCUUUCCGAAACAUACAAAGAAAAAUGCAGCAAAUCUCUUGCUAAUCACAUAUUGCCAGGACAUCUAGGAUCAUCUGUCCAAAUAAAGCGGGAUAAAAUACAUGUUGAUGCAAAUACAAUGAAGAAAUUCUUUUCAGAUUCGAUCACAAAUACAAGGAAACAUGUUACAAAGAUUUUAGAAGAGAACGAAUUCAGAGAAAUCGAUACGUUAUUACUUGUUGGAGGAUUUUCUGAAUCGGACAUAGUUCAGGAGAGCGUGAGAGAAGCAUUUCAAAACAAAAGAAUCAUCGUACCUAGUGAACCUGGCUUAGCCGUUUUAAAAGGGGCAGUACUGUUUGGCCAUAAUCCUUCGGUUAUGAAAUCAAGAAUAAGCAAGUAUACUUACGGAACGGAGGUUAUUAAUCCUUUUGUUGAUGGCACAGACCCAGAGAAAUACAAAGUUUUUGAAAAUGGCAUAUACAAAUGCAGAUAUCAUUUUCUUCCAUUUGUACGAGCUGGUGAAAUGGUUCCCGUUGGUACAGUUGUCCAAGAACACGUUGUUUCAGAUACAUUUGAUGUUACAGAAGGAAUUGGAAUAUAUGCAUCUACAGAAAAAUGUCCAACGUAUGUCGUUAAUGACAGUUGUUUUCGAGUCGGUACUUUAUAUCUUGAUAAACCGCGGCAACAUCUUACGCUUGAAAUGCGUUUCGGGGAGACCGAAAUCUCUCUGCAAUGCUUUUUUGAAUCAGGUGAUAAGAAAACAAUAGAUUUUGAUUUUUUAUGUACAUAAGUAAAAACGGUCAGUGGCUCUCUAAUGAUG